AUGAAGACCGUGUUCCGAGGUGAGAGGAACCUGUCGAUGUAUGGCUCCGGCCUGUCAGGUGCUUAUAUGCAAACGCCGCCGCCAGAGGACCGCAUCGCGGACGCCCUCCAGCGCCAGACCGCCGAUCUCGCCGCCCGCGGGUUCGAGAUCGACGCCUGGAUGGAGGUCUGGGACUAUGCUGGCGGCGCGAGCUUCCGCGCCUUUGUUGCGGACGACGGCAAGGAGAAGUCUUUGUUCGUCUUCUUCGACGUUGAAGGUGCCAUGGGGCGAGACCUCAAGAAAGCCCUCAUGGCUCUCAUUGAGCUCGCCGACGGCCCCUUGGACUGUGCACACCUCGUCACCUGCAUCGACCGCCGCAUGCCCGCUGACGAGGCACUCGCGCUUUCCAAGAGCCUGCAGUGGGUCGGCUUCGAAAUGACCACACUCGACCACUGGGCUGGCGACCUAGAUGUCACCAGCAAGAAAUGGGUAUUCAUGGGCAUGGAGCUGUAA